UUGAAUCCAUUGCCCCCAUUUCCUGUCACAUGGCGUGGAAAUAGGAUCCCUGGUUUCUACUAUCUGCUCUCGUCUCCGCGGUGUCAGAGUUGUAUUGUAGCUGAAGUACCUGCCGUGACGCUCAGACACUUUUCUUUUUUUAAGCGACUCUUGCCUAGACUCCUGCCAGCCAAGCAAGCAGCGAGCCAAGCAAGCCGGUCGCCAGCGUGCGCAUCAGGCUGUACUUCACCUGAGUGGAAGAGCCGCUUCAGACUUUUUACUCACACCAUGGAUUCCUGGAGCGCCACCUCUGCGCUUUUCCUGGCUGGCUUUAUCACAUCGGCGGCUUUUCGUCAUUUCGACAGCGAGUGUUACACUGCCAACGGAGAGGACUACAGGGGCUUCCAGAACCAAACCAGCCUGAAUGGCGGGAAACCCUGCCUGUUCUGGAAUGAGACUUUCCAGCACCCAUACAACACCCUCAAGUAUCCCAAUGGAGAAGGAGGUCUGGGAAGUCACAACUACUGCAGGAAUCCUGAUGGGGACGUCCAGCCUUGGUGCUACAUCGCCGAUCACGAAGACGUUUCGUACUGGAAAUAUUGUGACAUCCCUUCGUGCCAGAUGCCUGGGAAUCUGGGCUGCUUCAAAGACACCGGUCAUCCUCCGACUCUCCCUGGAGUCCAUGACAUCUCCAACAAACUCACAAUCCAGACCUGCAUCAACUUCUGUCGAAGUCAGAAAUACUCGCUUGCCGGCAUGGAGUCAGGUUAUGCCUGUUUCUGUGGCAACGAAGCAGACCUGCAAGACCAUGUGGAGUCGUCCAGCAUGGAGUGUAACCACGUUUGCUUCGGCGAUCACACUCAGCCCUGCGGAGGAGACGGCUGGAUCAUCGUGUUUGACGUCCGGGUUGGUGCCUGUGGUGGGAACUACACGUCCCCCACUGGAGUGAUCUACUCCCCCGACUUCCCUGACAAAUAUGCGGCCAGCCGCGUUUGCUACUGGACCAUCCAGGUCCCCGGAUCCUACGCCAUCCUCUUCAACUUCACCUUCUUUGACAUCUCGGACCAGACCGACAUGGUGGAGCUUCUCGAUGGCUACACCAGGGAGGUGGUGGCCCGUUUCGACUGGCGCAGCCCGCCGCGGGGGCUGGUGAACAUCACAGGAGACUUUGUUAUUCUGUACUUCUUCUCAGAUCGCACCAAUCAGGCUCAUGGCUUUGCCCUUUUGUACCAAGCUCUCAGAAGGCAGGACACCAGGACCACAAUUCCCAGAGGCUCGGAUGAAAAAGAAAGCAAAGACACCUCCAGCACGUUGGGCCCUCAGCUGUCUAGCAGCGUCACUGAGGGAUCCAACAGCACCGCUAACGGACGGACCUCACACAUCCUCUACGUGAUCACGUCCAGCCCCGGCAAACCCGAGCACAACAUGCCAGGUCAGUGGGCUGGACGCGGCGAGACCACCGGCCACAGCGCUAUGUGGACCAUCUACGCUCUGGCUGCUCUUCUCAUACUGACGGUGGUGGCGAUGGUGGCCAAGCUGCUGCUCCACGUCACGGUCAAGACGCCGAACAUCCCGACAGUCAGUGGCUCAGACAGCUGCAGCCAGAGCACAGUGUCCUCCGAGCCGUGGAUCAUCCUGUACCGGCCCUCCACCAUCUCCCUCUUCAAGAAGAAGCUAAAGAACCACCAUGGGGAUCUCAGCCCUCUAGUGGGCCACUAAUGCUGCUGCUGAUGCUGCUCUCCACCUUUACCGCCAUCCACAAAUACUCUGCUCAAGGGCCGUUGGAUGACAUGGCUCUGAGACAGUGAAAUCCAACAAGGCGCUUCACUAAUAAGCAAACGACUGAGUGAUUAAUGGCAACUGACUCAGUGACUGCAGCUUAAAUGGCCUUUUGGCCAAAACAAAAAAAGACAAGGCACUCCCAUUCCUCUUAGCACCAAAGAAGGAGGGUCACACAGGGGCAUAAGGGGCCACAGUGACAGAGAGGAGAGCUAAAAGACUGGAUGGAAGAAGAUCUAGAGGCUCUUCUCACGUAAGGGGCCAUUUUCAUCCAUCAUAGCCGUCCUCAGCAAUCAGCAUACCUCUAAAAUCCAUCAGUGAAAACUCACACUCAAACACCUGCAGUCAAAGCUUUGCAGUUUCACAUAAACUCCUAACUGCCUCAUACAGAAGAACAUUUGCUGUCAAAAGCCAGAGUUGUUUUCCUCCAAAGACUUGUAUAUGUUUGUCUUUUCUAGUCUGUUUGCAAAUGCUAAUCCUGAGUUUCUUUCUUUUUCUCCUUGAUGUGUUUGACAUGAUAACCUGGGUAUAUGAGGAGAGGAAAUCAAUAGUACACUGAGAUAUCACAACACUUUAGGUGCUGAUCAGAGUGAAGGAGAGCUCCCUCACACACUUUUUGCUCCAAUGUUUGCGUGGAGAGAAGAAGACACAAGAAGGUUUGGGAUUUGUUUUCUUCCUGACAAGCUGCCAGUUUGGGAGUCUUGGGAAGAUCUGGGGGCUUGUAUUUCCCACUUGGGCUGUGGGUGGGAGUCUUUCCGGUUUCAUGGUGUUCAAGUGCCUUAAGGAUCUCCUCUUCCCCUGCAUCAGAUUCCACACAUCUGUUUCUGUCUUUAUAUCGACCGGGAACCCUCACAGACUUCAGAACUGAUGCAGAUAUGAGGAGUGAGAUUCCCAAGACAGGAUUUCUCUUUGGAAAAAAUGCCAGAUCUUGUGUGUGAGGGGAAGUAGAUCUGCCCCCAUCAGGAAAGCAACUCUUCAUAAAAACAUAUAUUUUGUUUAAUUUGUGUGCUCUUACUUGUAGUCUUGGACAUUUACUGAACAUAUUGUUCGCAUUAACUCUCCGUCUUUUGAUUGCAGGAGAAAGGGGGUGAAUAUUGUUGUAUAUCCUAUAAUUCAUUGUGGAAACAAAGAUAUUUAUGACCACUCUUUGAUUUUAUUGUCUCAGCAAACUAUUUGAGAGACCCAUCUGCUUUUAUUUUAAACGUUCUCAUUUGGCAAGCUCAAAAGUGGAACGCUUAGGCAGCAUUAAAGUGUCUUGAGAACAGUAUACUCAGAAAGUGCUCAGCAGUGCCACCCGCAAGCCGACGUUAAGUUUGCAGCUGUGACAUAUUAACCACUUCAGAAAGGUCAGAAUCUACUAUUGUGCCAUCAGCAGUUGGUUGUUCUUGUGUAGGGUUAUAACUCUUGAGAUGGUUUCUUCACUCAAUGCACUUGGUUUUGCUCGUAUUUGAAAAACAAAAUAGUACUUAUUUUGGCUUGCAUUUAGAUUAUGGUGAAAAUGAACCAAAAUGACCUGAUCAACAACCUGAGCACUUGAAGCAAUGAGCAGAUUCCUGCAGGAUCUGAAUCAAUUAAAAAAAGAAUAAUGCAUCGCUGUCUUCCAAUUAGAAGUUCGUAAACAAAAAAAUUUUUAAAAAGUGACUCAAUGCUGUCUUCUGCUCAUCUGCUCAGCUGCAGUCAUUGCAUUGCAGACGCCCUUGGGUCUGCAAUGCAAGACCUGACCAUGCGUGGAGAGGAGUGGGACGGGGAAAUUAAUGUGCUUUCAAAUCAAACACAAGCUAACCAAAUGUGACAGUCGGUAUCUAACAAGGGUAUAUUUGUUUGGCUAGCCUGGUGAAUUAUGCAAACUCCCGUCUUCUGUCCCGUCCUCCAGUCGGUCGGAAAAUUCUAUGCUUCGUCUCUUUUGGAGUACUCAAAAAUGCCCUUCCCCCCUUCAGAUUGUUGCUAAUGUCCUGAAGAGCUCAAUGACAUAAAAACAAUAGCAUAGGCCCUGUGGGAAACUGUCACAAGGGGCCAAAAUGUUGUUUCCAUGAAAUUGUAAAUAGCGAAAUAUAGUGAAAUGUUAAUUUAUACAGUAAAUUAUUGUUAUUUUGUAUGUGAAUGGGAUAUAAUCUAUCUUUUGUAUAAGUGAAGUAUCUUUGUAGUUUUAUUUAAUGUGCCCUGGUUGUAAAUAAACACUGUAUGCAUGUUUCUUAAGGCUGA